UUCUAUAUUUUCCCCAAUUCUUCGAGCUCAAAACUCUCUGUUGUUAAUUCAUCAAGUUCAAACAUAUUCAAAUCGAUCUUCAACAGAGCAUUAUCAUGGAUUCAAUUUACAACGACCUCAACGCUCCGCACUCGAUGGGAACCACCAUCAUCGGCGUCACAUACGAUGGCGGUGUUGUUUUGGGCGCCGACUCUCGCACCAGCACCGGAAUGUAUGUGGCGAAUAGGGCGUCUGAUAAGAUCACUCAGUUAACCGACAACGUCUACAUUUGCCGCUCUGGUUCGGCUGCAGAUUCUCAGGUUCUUUCAGACUAUGUUCGUUACUACCUCCAUCAACACACGAUACAGCUUGGGCAGCCUGCAACUGUAAAAGUUGCAGCAAACCUUGUCAGAAUGGUAUCUUACAAUAACAAGAACAUGUUGCAAACUGGAUUGAUAGUUGGUGGGUGGGACAAGUAUGAAGGUGGUAAAAUUUAUGGAAUACCUCUCGGAGGAACUUUGUUGGAGCAGCCUUUCACUAUUGGAGGAUCUGGCUCAUCGUAUCUGUAUGGUUUCUUUGACCAAGUAUGGAAGGAAGGGAUGACACAGGAUGAAGCUGAGAAACUAGUCGUUAAAGCAGUCUCUCUUGCAAUAGCUCGUGAUGGUGCCAGUGGUGGUGUUGUUCGAACAGUGACUAUUAACAAAGACGGGGUUUCGCGGAAGUUCUACCCAGGCAACACUCUUCCCUUAUGGCAUGAAGAGCUGGAAGCAAAGGAUUCCCUGUUGGAUAUUUUGUCUGCCGCCAGUCCUGAACCAAUGGUCAGCUAAAUCGUGGGUCGUCCCAGCCACAGUGUCUACUACUAACUCAUGCUCUGUUCUUGCACUUAAUUCCUUAAUCUACUGUCCAUCCAUGUACUCAUUCUAGAAUUUUAUAAAUUUUUUCUUGUUUUUUUC